AUGUGGAAAUUCCGGCAGGACCUCGACCGGCUGGCAUACCUGAUUUUCACCAGCGGCAGUACUGGCAAGCCGAAGGCCGUGAUGAUUCGACAUGCCUCGGCCUUGAACGUGGCGCGCGUGUGGAGUGCAGCCAUUGGACUGUGCAACUCGGAUCGCUUUGCACAGAUUUCCUCGAUGUCCUGGGAUGUUCACGUCAUAGAGAUCUAUGGUGCAAUGGCUGUUGGGGCGACAAGUGUCACCUGUCCCGACCUGGUAAAGCAGUCUGGUCCGGACAUGCUUCUGUGGCUGAGACAUAAGCAGGUCACAGGCAUCAGUGCGGUCCCAUCAUACUUGCGCACCAUGGUACCUGUUGCUGGCAGCGAUGUGUCAAUGGACGUCAAUCUCCCACAGCUCCGCAUUGUCGAUGUGGGUGGUGAGGCUUUGGGUGCAGAUGUGGUCUCGACUUGGGCUCCUGGCCGUCUCCUGUUCAACAGCUAUGGGCCGACAGAGAUUUCAGUGGUUUGCACAGGCAUUGACGUGCGGCCGGGUGAUCCCAUUACUCUUGGCCCCGCUUUGCCCGGCUAUCAGUGCCACAUUUUGGACCCCAACACCUUUGCAAUGAAGGCUGUUGGGGAGGUUGGCGUCCUUUUCGUGGGUGGUGUAGGCUUGGCUCGUGGCUAUCUUGGUGAAGAAGGGCAGACCAAUCAGAAGUUCAUUGAACUCCCUGAACUUGGCCGACUCUUCAACACAGGAGAUCUGGCGUUCAAAGACGACGAAAACCGCUUGCAUUUUCGUGGCCGGGUGGAUUCCCAGGUGAAGGUGCGUGGCCUUCGGAUCGAGUUGGAGGCCUUGGAGGCUGCCAUCAUGGACUUGGGGACUGUGAAGCAUUGUGAGGCUCGGGUGUUGGAUGGUCGCCUCGUACUCUUGGCAUCUGGUUCUGGUUCCUUCCUUGAGGCUGAGCUGAAAGCCAAAGCUAUGUCCUUGGGUCGUGGCUAUGUCCUCAGUCAAGUGAAGCUGGUUGAGGACAGCGCUUGGAAGUUCAGUAGCGGUGGCAAGCUCCUGCGAAAUGUGGUUCCAUGGAGUGACAACGAUGGCUGGGAUGCUUUGGACUCUUUCCACCGAGUUGGUGCAAGUGCUCUUGAACUGGAGAUUGCGGCGUGUGUAGCAUUGCAAGUGAGAGGUGCUGAGUAUUGGGACCGAAAUUCACAUUUUGUGGAUGACCUGGGAAUCGAUUCUGCCGGCAUGGGGCAGCUCUUGGGACAGAUGCGAAGCAAAACCAAGCUGCAGAAAGUGGAUCUGCGUGCGCUUUUUAAUCAUCCCACAGUCAGCACGCUGGCCUCAUUCUUGUCUGAGCCUGAGUCCGAUCCAGAAGAAGAGCCCUUUGAUGGGGAGCAGACAGGGCAGAACUUAGUCAGUGCCAUUUGGAAAAGUGUGCAGACCAAGCCACACAGCAUUUGCUGCGAAUUGCCAUCCUCCUGUCUCAGCUAUACGCAACUCUUUCGCUUGGCCACAGCUUUUCGGCAACUGCUGCGCAGAAAUAGGACCACCACGAGUUGCAAAACAACACCAGUGGCCAUUUGCGUGGACAUGAUGACCGAGCGAAUGGCUGCAAUGCUGGCAGUGCUCAUGGAGGGUCAUGCCUUUUGCGUCCUGGAUGAAGGCCAUGGGUUUGCUGACCAGUUGCAAGCCUUUGACGCUCAGUGCAUAUUGGCAAGCUCCAAGGAUGUUGUUUGGGCACGACUACAAGAAAUUUGCUACGAAGUUCAGGAAUUGCAGUGCAUCGAUGUGAGCAGUGCUUCCUUACCAUUGCAAGUUCGUGUGAAGUUGCCGGCCAUAGAUCCAGAUGAUGUUUGCUUUCAGUAUGUACAUGAAGAUCUGGAAGGACAUGAUGAAAGUGUUUCUGGAGGCCAGACAGCUCUGACAGUUCUGACGGCUUCGCAUCGUGCGAUUCUGGAGCUGUUGGAUGCCUGGCCCGAGCUCCAGCGAGCGCGAGCGGCUUCGCUGCCUGCGACUGCAAACCUCGCAGUGCUGAAGAUCCUCAUGAGUGGUGGAGCUUUGGUGGACAGAGACAGCGUAGAGACAUUGCUUUGCAACGAGUCAGGCCUGAAUGGACAGGCUUUCACGUCGUUGCCUGUGCUUGUUGGCCAGAAAAGGCGCCUUGUAGUGACAGCGGGUCAGGGGGCAAGUGCCGCGAGGGACUCCCUUGUUCGCCGAACCCGCGACAUGAUGACAGCUUCAUCGCUGUUUCCAGGCCUUUUGGGAGCGGCGGCGACUCACAGCUUUGGUGAGAAGAGUUGGCCAAAUUUUUGUGCCUGGGCGCAGGGAAGCAUCAUUCUGCUAGAGCCUGUGCUUAUGGCAACUCGAAUGAUGUUGGCAGAACGGGUCUUGUUGCCACUGACCUUUGCCAUACCUUUGUGGCAAACCUUUUUGCUGCUCUGGGCCGUCAUCAUUUGUGAGAAGAUCCUUCGAGUCAUUCUUUUGUUGGCUGCUAAGUGGAUGCUCAUUGGACGAUACCAGGAGGCAAAACAUGACAUUUACAGUUUGUUUUACUUGCGGCAUUGGCUGGUGGAGCGUAUUGCAGAGGGCACCAUCAUUGGUACUGCAACACCUCCAGGAACCAGCGUGGCCCACCACUUUCUGCGGAACCUGGUGCUGAGAGCCCUUGGUGCAGAUGUGGCACUGACCUCUAUGAUCUUCACACGUGUUGUGGCUUUCGAUCUUGUUUCGGUGGGCCAUUUGGCCACAGUGAAUGGCUUGAAGCACCUUACUGCUGUGAACUAUGGAGAGGGGAAGAUGGUGUUGAAGUCCAUUUCGGUUGGCCAAGGCGCUUUUGUUGGCGCUAACGCUGUUCUGGAGCCAGGAUGUUCCGUUGCUGCAGCAGCCCAUGUGGAAGCCUUGUCCAUGGUUCCUGCUGGCUCCAAAGUGUCAAGCCGAGUUUCUGGCGUUCCAGCUCAGGUCGUGAAUUGCGAUGCAGCUGUGGCAAACCCCCGUAGCAUUCCUUUGGAUGCAGACGUGCGCCAGUUCUGCAGAAAUGCAGCCCUCAUAGCCUCCACUUACUGGCUCAUGGUGGUGCCGCAGGCCCUGAUGCCUUUCAUCAUCAUCAUGAUCUUUCAGCUCGAGGCGAAGCUAGAGUACCAAGCAGAUUCAGAGAAGGAAUUGGAACGCUUCGAUUCCUUGCCCGAAGGUGUCCUCAGAUUCUUGCCACAGCUUCCACUUUGGAGCUUUGCUUUUACUGUGCUGAUUCUGGCUCUGCAGCUUCUUUUGACCGUUUUGAUUUGCCGACUGCUUCCCACAGUAAAGCCACCCUGUAGCUACUUGCUGACCAGCAUCCGGGGCCAGAUGGUCUCCCUGAAGAUGCGGUGGGUCAACCAGGCCUCCAACUUGCUGAGAGAUGCUUCGAUAGUGCCAGUCUUCAUGCGUAUGUGUGGUGCUCGUUUUGGCCGAGGAGUUGCCAUAGCCGAAGAAGUCGUGCUGCCUGACACAUUGGUGGUGGGAAAUGGUUGUUUCAUUGCUUCCCGGAACAUCCUCACCAGCGCGACGGUGGACCAGGGUCACUUCAGAGUUCCUUGCGUCACAAACCUUGGUGACCACAGCUUUGUGGGGAACGACAACUGCUUGCCUGCGGGCCUGCCAGAGGGCAGCUUCUGUGGUCUCAAUACAUCGCUACCAAAAAGGCCACAGCAGACAAAUUUGGGCUACUUUGGAACUCCGGCGAUGAUCUUCAAACGCCCCAGCAAGGACGGCCCACAGGAAGCGACGAGUCUACCAGCUUUUUGCUGGUUUCACUUCAGCACCAGUGUGAUUGACAUCUUCAUCCUCCGGGGCUUGAAGGGCAUGGUGCUUUCAGCUUCAUUUGUGACGAGCAGGUACUACUUCCCUGCAACCACAAACGCUUCGGUUCUUGGAGUCCUAUUCAUGGUGAUGCUGAUAUACCUCACUAUGAACGUCACAUCCUGGCUCGUCUUUUCUGUGAUCUUUGGCAGGUGCUCGGAUUGGGAAGCGCUUCUUCUGCGUGCAUGACAUUGCCCUGAUUGAUGCACCUUUCAUCUCAAUCGGAGAUGAUGUGAUCGUAGACUAUGAUGCAGACAUCAGGUGCCACUCUUUCGAGGACCGUCAGUUGAAGUUUUCUCCGGUCAAGAUUGGCAACAGAGCGAAGAUCAUGGCAGCAGCCAAGGUUGCCAGGAGUGACGUCGGCGAGGGGGCCGUGCUACGACCAUCAAGUGUCACUUGGAAGGGCAGCAACCUUGAAGCGAACAGAGUCUAUCAGGGCGCACCUGCAGUGGAAGCGUGUGCAUUCAAACCAUAGCCCUGGGCGCAGGUGCCUGACUGACAAGUGUUGGACCCAGGAGCUUUGACAUCCCGACACUUCAAUCAUUUGGAGCGGAGCGUUUGAAGUGGAAUUGUGAGCGGCACCGCGGGUGGCGUAUAGGAGUGUGCAUUUCUUUUUUUUCAACCUUUGCAUUUUGUACACCCGAUAGAUGGGUUCAGGUGCUUGGUUUCAAUUAUACGUAUAGACAGACUUUAGUCUGGAACCUGUAUAGUGCAGAAAAGUUCUUGAGCUCCCUGGCUGACAAGUGCUGGACUCAGCAGUCUACGUCCCCACACGUUAACCGUUCGAAGUGCAACUUUUAAAGCGGAAGUGUGAAAUGAA